AUGAUUACGACUGACUACGAUCCCGUGGUGAACUCUUCCUUGGUUGAGGGCGAGAGUGUCUUUGAAAGGCGCAUGGAAUUGAGAAAGGCAGCUCGUAGAGCCUUUGAAAGCACUGGAGCAUCGAACAAGGCCAGAGCGUGGAGUGGUCCCUUCGAGGCAGGACAGAUGGUGUAUUUCUGGCGUAAGAGUCGGUUCGAGUCAAAGUGUCAUUGGCAUGGUCCUGCAGUGGUGAUUGGCAAAAGUGGUCAGUCGAAGGUGUGGGUUGCCAAGGGCACGAAGGUGUACAGGUGUUGUCCGGAGCAGUUGAGAAGAUUGUCACCAGAGCAGGAAGCAACCAUCAGGCUGUUACCAGCUGAUAUGGUCAUGAUGCGACAUGAAGUAAGUGCUCGGGCUGUGGAGCGUGUUGGUGAAAUUGCGCGUGAGAGUCAGCGAGUUGAACAAGUUGCACACAAUCUGUUGGAGGGCGAAGAGGAAGACGUGGGAAUGCAGCAAGCAGCUGCUGAGCUGCCUGCGGCAGCUGUUGUUAGAAGUGAUGAUCCGAGAAGUGACGAAGGAGCCGGUGCGUCUCCAACAAAGAGACAACGAGUUGAUCCUGAACCAGGAGGAAUCACUCCCUUGAGUCAGGCUCUCAGGCUUGAUCCGCAGUUGCUUGAUGGGUUGCCGUCACAAGCGGCAAGUUCUUCACAGCUGGGCUGUGCACCCGAGUCGGUGCCAGUGCCUGAUGAGACUGAUGAGGAGCUUGAAGUGACAUUGUCAAGCGGUCCAGACCAUUGGAUUGUGGAUCAUGAUCGGUCGCAGCUUGUGCGUGUGCAUGUUGAUGAGCGUGAUGCGUGCUUGCAGUUGCGUGACGAAGACUUGCCCAUAAGAGCCUCAGACGUUGAACCUGUGUGUCAGGCGUUACAGUAUGACCGCAAGGGCAACAAGCAUGUUGUUGAGCAUGAGUGGAGAAAGGGAGCCUUGUCGAGGAAGCCAAACGCCAGGUGGACAGGUAAAACCAUCUUUCAGCUCAAGCCAGGUUGGAAGUGGAGCAAGCGUGAGGAUGAGUGUUUUGAGGUUGGAAGCGCGAAGAAAGGAAGGAAGGAGUUGAGUGAGCAUGAAAUUGGAAAGGAUAGGAGGUCUGGAUUGUGUCAAGCCAAGUUGAAAGAAUGGAAUAAGCUGUUGCAGAGCGGUGCAAUAGUGGUUCAUCGUGGAAAGAAGGCAGAGGAGCUGCGGAGCACAAUCCCACGAAGGCGUUUGUUGAAGUCGAGGUUUGUACUCACCGAGGCCGAGGCUGGCAGCAGUCCACAGACCAGUGACAUUAAGGCCAGAUGGUGUAUACGUGGUUAUCUUGAUCCUGAUCUGUUGGAGUUGGACACUUGUGCACCCACUCUGUCCUCGGAAGGUUUCUCAGUAGCGAUGCAGUUAAUGGCCAGCCAAGGCUGGCAGGUGACCAUUGCUGAUGUGGAAGGAGCCUUCUUGCGAGGAGAUGACUUGAGUCCGAGCCGAGGUCGUCUGUUCAUUUACCGCUGGGAGGGAUCGAAGGGUACGAUGAAACGUGCCUGGUCGAGGCCGUUAAAACAGUGUACGGCCUGGCUGACGCUCCAAAGGCUUGGUGGACAUGUCUGCAUGGCAAGUUAA